UUAAGUAGAAAAGAAAAACAAAAUGAAUUAUCCAAUCCCACUUUGUGUGUUGUGUCUCAAACCACCACCAACGAGUUUUUUCAACCUUAUUACUCAUUCAUCAAUUUCUCAGAAACCAUGGUCAUAUACCUCUCUCCCUCUCCACCUCUACAUUCCAAUUCCAUCAUCAAAUUAUCAAAUUCUAAGUCACCCAUUUCAGAAUCUUCAUUAAAGCUCAAAACCCAUUUCUCAAAAUCACUCUUUUCUUCUUCAUUCACUUCCUCAAACGUGAAACUCACCACCAAGAAGCACUUUUUGCAUGGAAAUAGGAUUGUUGAAGAUUUUAGGACCUGUGCCAUUGGUGGAUUUGAUUAUGGAAACUUUGAGGGUCCUCAGUCUGUUCUUGAAGCUGCUGCAGUUUUGACAGCAAUCAUUGUUGUUCAUGAAAGUGGUCACUUCCUUGCUGCUUCUCUUCAAGGGAUUCAUGUGAGUAAAUUUGCUGUUGGGUUUGGUCCAAUAUUAGCUAAGUUUAAUGCAAAAAAUGUUGAAUAUUCAAUUAGAGCUUUUCCUCUUGGUGGAUUUGUAGGGUUCCCUGAUAAUGAUCCAGAUAGUGAUAUUCCUGUUGAUGAUGAAAAUUUGCUUAAGAAUAGACCAAUAAUAGAUAGAAUCAUUGUUGUUUCAGCUGGUGUUAUUGCCAAUGUAAUUUUUGCAUUAGUCAUUAUAUUUGUUCAAAUCCUUGCUGUUGGUUUGCCUGUUCAAGAAGUUUUUCCUGGUGUGAAUGUGCCCGAGGUUCGGCCCUUUUCAGCCGCUUCUCGUGACGGAUUGAUUGCCGGGGAUGUUAUCAUUGAAGUCAAUGGAAGUGAGUUUCUUAAACCUGGUCCUAAUGCUGUUUCUGAAGUUGUUGAUGUCAUUAAGAGAAGUCCUAAGAAAUAUGUUUUGCUUAAGGUUAAGAGGGGGGUGCAGGACUUUGAAAUUAGGGUUACCCCAGAUGAGAAUUUUGAUGGAACUGGUAAAAUUGGAGUUCAGUUAGCUCCAAAUGUGAAGUUAUCUAAGGUUAGACCGAAAAAUUUGGUGGAAGCUGUGACCUUUACUGCAAAAGAAUUCUGGGGUCUAUCGUCGAAUGUUUUCGACGGGUUAAAGCAGACAUUUUUAAACUUUUCUCAGUCAGCUAGUAAGGUUUCAGGUCCUGUAGCGAUUAUUGCUGUUGGCGCUGAAGUUGCGAGGUCGAACAUCGAUGGUCUUUACCAAUUUGCAGCCAUACUCAAUAUUAACCUUGCGAUUAUAAACCUUCUUCCUCUGCCUGCUUUGGAUGGAGGAACAUUGGCAUUGAUUCUCAUUGAGGCUGCUAGGGGUGGGAGAAAGCUACCUUUGGAAGUAGAGCAACGGAUUACGUCAUCGGGAAUUAUGCUUGUUUUGAUUCUUGGAUUAUACCUUAUUAUCCGUGAUACCCUAAACCUUGAUUUUAUCAAGGAAAUGUUGUAAUUGUUGUGGAGUAACAUUGCAUGAUUCUCAUCUGCAAUGCUGUUGCGCCUGGUACGGGUCGUGUAGCCAAUGAUGCGUUCGUAGAAGAGACAAGAUCAUUGUAAAUGAUUAAGGCAAGUUUCUUCCUCUAGGGAUGUUAUAUGAAAGGCAUCUCUUUGUUACUAAUUCAUUGAUCUAGUCAGAUUGUAUUUGUGGUCCUGGAAUAUAAAUUUACAUGUUACAAAUACUAGUUUUUUUUCUUUGUUUGCUGAAAACGCGUAGAAAUACUAGUUUUAUUUGUAAAAUUUUAAUAUAUUCUCGCCGCACUUUUCGUGGCAUUCAUAUAGUUAUCCUUUAAGAGUAUAAAUAUGGUUCUGCGUCGAUGAUUGGUACUA